AUGUGGAUUGCGAAGAACAGGUACUGGGUUCUGAGGCAUGGCAAGAGCAUUCCCAACGAGCGAGGCCUCAUCGUUUCCUCCAUGGUUUUUUCCAUUCCUUUUAAACCCUAUCCUAUCCUAUCCAUCAUUUUCUUAAUUGUUCAUGCCAUCCAAUCGCAGGAAAAUGGGACUCGCCCCGAAUUCCAAUUGGCCUCCGACGGUGUUCAUCAGGCCCAACUAGCUGCACAAUUAUUCCAAAAGGAACUAGAGGCUAAAAAUAUACCACUUGCUGAUAUACGCAUUUGCUAUUCUCCAUUUUCAAGAACAAGACACACUGCAAAUGUUGUUGCUACCUUCUUCAAUCUUCCUUUAGAUGGUCCCCAGUGUAUGGUGAUCGAAGAUCUUCGUGAACGCUAUUUUGGCCCUUCGUUUGAACUUUUGUCGCAUGAUAAAGUAAGGCAUGCUCAAUGUCAGUUUCUUCAGCUGCCAACUGUUUUUGCGAUUCGCCAUGAGAAAGAUCCACUUGUUGGGCCAGAAGGAGGUGAAAGUGUCAAGGAUGUUGCGGGUCGACUCGCAAGAGCAAUAGCCACUAUUGAAUCAAAAUUUGAAGGAUGUGCAAUUUUGGUUGUCAGCCACGGAGAUCCCUUGCAAAUAUUGCAAACAAUUAUGCAUGCAUCUAAUCAAGACAAGGAACCCACAUGUAAAGACCUAGCAUCAAUACUAAAGGAAGUUCAGGUGGCACCCAUCUUGUCCCAGCACCGCAAAUAUGCGCUGCAAACUGGAGAGCUCAGGAAUCUAGAGCUAUUACUUAAAAGGACGACUCUUAGGGAAGCUGUCCAACCCCACUUCAUCCCUACCCUGAAGCCUGCUUGA